CAGGAAUAGCGACGUUACGCCGACAGCAGACGUAACUACGUCAGUGUGUGACACGUUUACGUGAUCUUCUUCCAGCGUGCUGAACCGAGCUAACGACGCUUUUGUUUUGAAAAGCUGCGCCGGUUGGUAUCCGCCAGAGGAAGCUCUCCCAGAAACAUCAUCAUGGCGGCCGAGUGCGAUGUGCUCUCUGAGAUCGAGGUGCUGCAGUCGAUCUAUCUGGACGAGCUGCUGGUCGACCGGAAGGAGGAAGGGGGCUGGGAGGUGAGUCUGGUCCUGUACCCGUCCACAGCCGAGGACUCCGUCUCCCAGUUUGUCCGACUCACCCUGACCUUGACCCUCGAUCAGCAGUAUCCGUCGUCUUCUCCGGCGAUCUCCAUUCACAACCCCCGAGGUCUCUCCGACGACAAGCUGAGCAGUGUCCAGAAGUGUCUUCAGUUGGAGGCUCAGUCCUGUCUGGGUUCACCUGUGUUGUAUCAGCUCAUUGAGAAAGCCAAAGAAAUCCUGACUGAAAGCAACAUCCCUCAUGGAAACUGUGUCAUCUGCCUGUACGGCUUUAAGGAGGACGAGACGUUCACCAAGACGAGCUGCUACCACUACUUCCACUGCCACUGCCUCGGCCGCUACGUCCGCCACUCUGAGAGCGAGCUCCGGCAGAGGGAGAAGGAGCUGGAGGAGGACAAGACCAGAGACCGGACGGACUAUCAGGAGCUGUCUGUGGUGUGUCCGGUGUGCAGAGAGCCUCUAACGUACGACGCCGAUCAGCUGCUCUCCUCCCCGGCGCCCCAGCUGCCCGAGCUCGACGAAGCAGCGAUCGGUUCGCGGUUCCAGCAGAAGUGGUUUGAACUCCAGAAGCUUCUGGAGAGGCAGAGGUCUAAAGGCGGGAUCAUCGACCCGGAGGAGGAGUCCAAUCGUUUCCUCAUCCACAUCAACGAGGCUCCGUCUGUAGAAAACGGGAACCUGGACGUAGAGGACCCUCCUGCCCCCCCGCUGCCGUCUGCUUCCAACGUCCCCUCCGAUGAACCCGGCGUCAGGGGGGACCGGUUUGUUCCCGGACUGUCGCAGUGCAGAGGCGGUCCGGGCCAGAGGCGUCAGCACCAGGUGAGGGGGCAGCGGAGGGGGGGCCGGUCCAGACCCCAGCACAGGAGAGCCGCCCCCGUCACGGAGCACCUGGACAAACUGUCUCUGUCCUCAGACUGCACGGAGGGACCAAUAAGAGCCAAAGCUCAGGGCGACCACGGCCAGCAGACGCAAGGACACGCAGAACUGUGUGAGAGCAGAGACGCAGAGCGACACGAGGCCCCGGGGCCUCCGGACCACCAGCCAGUCGACGCUGCAGGCGGCCAACGUGGGAGGAGACGGGGUCCUCACCGACCCUUCUCCCACAGCGGGGGGGCUCCGGCGCCUGCACACUGCCACUGGGACGGGCGCUCCUCGAGGAGCAGGGGAGGGGCCAAUAACCUGUACAGCAGAGGAGGGGGGGCGCGGAGAGGUCACGGCAGGGGCUUCCAGCACAAGGCGGUGGAGAGAGAGAGAGGACGAGAGGAGGUGCUAUGACAAAGGGCAACAGGAGGGCCAGUGAACAAAUGUACGCGUGCCUCCGUCACCAGUUUGAACCCCCGUAGUAACCCUUCCUCCGCUGCGUCCCCGUUCUCCUGCGCUCUGGUUCGCACUCUCACGCACACUAACAUCAGAUACAGCUGGUUGAUGCUUUUUGUUGUGCUGCAAUAUGACUCAAAGAACAACAAAUUAAAUCUUCUUUGGAUGUC